AAGGGGCGUGCUGCCGUCCGGCUUGUUUCUUUCUUGAUCAACGUUGUGGUGAAAAAUGGCCACGGGACGGGAUUUGGACGAGCUGGUGCACAGCGUGAACCUCUAUGUCCCGCGUCCGCUGUUCCUCCACGGCUACAUCCUACCCUUCGUCCUUCUGUAUGGCGGCUGGCUGUACUGUUGGCUGGCCGUGUUCGAGUCGGACCUGAGCUUCGAGGUCGGUUACAUCUGCCUCGCCGUGGUUGGCCUGCUGCAGCUGUUCACCAUCCUCUGCUGCCACUGGUCCGUCCACGUCAGGUGUGCCCUGACCUGCAAAAGGGAAAGGGAUUCGUUGCGAGCGACGGUAGCCAAGGUGGUGCCAACCGAAAACAAUGGUUCCUCUGAGCUGGUCAUGCUACGCUUCCUGGUCGAGGAGGGCCAGCGACUGCCGUGGUUCCUCUUCCAGAAGACCAAGUACCUGUGGGACGCCGACAAGAAGCAGUUCCGUGGCCUCGAGUUUCCGACGAACGGCUCCUUUGGCGCCUACGCCGACUGGAAGGGCCACAAGGAGGACUCUGAGGUCGCUUCCGCUGAGAACAAAUACGGGAAGAACCAGGUCGACAUGGUGGUUCCCGAGUUCAGCGAAUUGUUCCUCGAGAGGGCAACGGCGCCGUUUUUCGUGUUCCAGGUGCUUUGUGUUGCGCUUUGGUGUCUGGACAAGUACUGGUACUACUCGCUCUUUACGCUGGUCAUGCUCGUCAUGUUCGAGUGCACCCUCGUCCACCAGCAGCUGAGGAACAUGGCCGAAAUCAGGGAGAUGGGAAAUAAGCCCUUCCUUAUGAUGGCAUACCGAAACAGACGUUGGCGUCCGUUAGCAAGCGACCAGCUGGUGCCGGGCGACAUCGUCUCGAUCACACGCACCCACGGCGACGGCCUCAUCCCGUGCGACAUGCUGCUGCUCAGGGGCCCUUGCAUCGUUGACGAAAGCAUGCUCACAGGAGAAUCUGUGCCGCAGAUGAAGGAGCCGAUUGAGUGUCAGUCGCCAGAUUUGCAGCUCGAUUUGGAGGCGCAUGGCAAGCUGCACAUCCUCUUUGGAGGCACCCGCGUCGUCCAGCACUCGGCACCUAGCAAAACUUCCUCAGGACUGAAAGCACCGGAUAACGGCAGCAUUGCUUAUGUACUGCGGACAGGGUUCAACACGUCACAGGGAAAGCUUUUACGCACCAUCCUCUUUGGUGUCAAGCGUGUUACUGCCAACAAUCUGGAAACUUUUGGCUUCAUUAUGUUCCUGCUCAUCUUCGCAAUCGCCGCCGCAGCUUACGUUUGGAUCAAAGGCACUGAAGACCCAACGAGGAAUAGGUACAAAUUGUUCUUGGAGUGCGCACUCAUCCUGACGUCAGUCAUUCCGCCAGAACUACCAAUCGAGCUUUCACUUGCGGUCAAUACUUCGCUUUUGGCACUUUCAAAAUUAGCUGUCUUUUGCACAGAGCCGUUUAGGAUUCCAUUUGCAGGCAAAGUUGAGAUUUGCUGCUUCGACAAGACUGGAACCCUCACUAGUGACAAUUUAGUUGUAGAAGGAAUUGCUGGAUUGCAGAGCGAGAAGGGCGUGAUGCCAAUCACAGACGCGCCGAAGGAGUGCGUUCAGGUGUUGGCGACGUGUCACUCGCUGGCGCAGCUGGACGAGGGGCUGGUAGGCGACCCACUGGAGAAGGCCACCCUGACGGCCAUUGACUGGACGCUGACCAAAGGCGACGCCGUCAUCCCCAAAAAGGGAAAGUUGCCUGGCAUGAAGAUAUUCCACCGGCACCACUUCUCUUCGGCCCUCAAGCGUAUGUCCGUCGUCGCCGGCUACACGCAGUCUGGCACUGGCGACACGCACUACAUCGCCACCGUCAAGGGCGCCCCAGAAACCCUUGAACCCAUGUUUAAGAAUGUGCCUGAGGACUACAGGAAAGUUUACUUGGAGAUGUCCCGUCGCGGCGCCCGCGUGCUGGCGCUUGGCUGGAAGGAACUUCCCACCAUGAGUCCGGCGCGCGUCAAAGACAUCCCCAGAGACGAUCUUGAGCAGGAUCUGUUGUUCGCCGGCUUCGUCGUCAUCUCGUGCCCCCUGAAACCCGACUCGAAAGCCGUCAUCAAGGAAAUCCUCAAUGCUUCACACCAAGUUGCCAUGAUUACCGGAGACAACCCAUUGACUGCGUGCCACGUGGCCAAAGAGCUGAAAUUUACACAAAAGCCGACCCUGGUGCUGGUGGAGGACGAGAGCAAGUGGUUCUGGGAGAGUAUCGACCAAAGCAAACGACUGAAGGUGCUACCUGAAAAAUACACCGAUCUCACCAGCAAAUUUGAUCUCUGCGUCACAGGAGAGGGUCUAGUAUUCCUCCAGGACAAUCACCGAAAGCUUCUGCAAUCGCUGCUGCCGCACAUCAAAGUGUUCGCUCGUGUGGCGCCAAAACAGAAGGAAUUUGUGAUCGUGGAGCUGAAGGCUCUUGGAUACACAACCCUGAUGUGCGGCGACGGCACCAACGACGUCGGAGCCCUCAAACACGCACAUGUUGGCGUUGCUAUACUGUCAAAUGGGCCUGACAAGGUGGAAAGGAAGGUCAGAUUGCCGCCUAUCGAGAGGAGAAACGACCGACCAGACCCCAGGAGGGAUCCACGACUUGAAAGACUGGCGGCGGGCAAGCCGCAGCUACAACAGAUGCAGCAAAUGCUGGCCGAACUGGAGGAAGAGGAGAAGGCGCAAAUUGUGCACUUGGGCGACGCGAGCAUUGCCUCGCCGUUCACCUCAAAGUACCCGUCGAUCCUGUGCAUCUGUCACAUCAUCAAGCAGGGCCGCUGCACGCUCGUCACCACGCUGCAAAUGUUCAAGAUUCUGGCGCUGAACGCGCUCAUCCUCGCCUACAGUCAAUCAGUGCUCUACCUCGAUGGCAUUAAGUUCAGCGACGCCCAGGCCACCCUCCAGGGCCUCCUGCUCGCCGCCUGCUUCCUCUUUAUUUCUCGUUCAAAGCCGUUGAAGACGUUGUCCAAGGAGCGACCACUGCCCAACAUCUUCAACAUGUACACCGUUCUAACCGUGCUGCUGCAGUUUGCUGUUCACUUCGGCUGCCUCUUUUUCCUCGUCCAACAAGCCACGGCGCGUUCUCCCAAAGCAGUCAAAGACAUUCUGAAAAGCAACCUGACAACGCCAGAGACUGGCCUGCCCAGCGGAGACCCGGACGAGGUGGAAGAGGAGCCUUUUGAGGCCAACCUGCUCAACAGCACCGUCUACAUAAUCUCCAUGGCCUUGCAGAUCUCCACCUUUGCCAUCAAUUACAGGGGUCGGCCUUUCAUGGAGAGCCUGUCGGAGAACAAGUCACUGCUGUACAGUUUGUUCGGAUCAGGCGCCGCUGUGCUCGCCCUCGCCAUGGGUCUAGUGCCUGACUUCGCCUCUCAGUUUGAGAUUGUUGACUUCCCACCUGAUUUCCGGGCGGUGUUGCUGCAAGUGCUGUGCGCCGACUUCGGUCUGGCGUGGCUCGUGGACCGAGCGUGUCUGUGGUUGUUUGGCGAGGGCAAACUCACCAUCACCUAAACGCGACCACCUCUAUACACACAUUCCCCUUGGACGUGAAUAAUUAUUUCCAAAGACACUCGCUUCGUUCGUUUGUUUACUGUGGAUGAGUAUAUAAUAUUAGAUGAAAAACGAUCUUGUGCAGUGAGCGCGUGUGUGAUUGUGCCGAAAAUAUGAUGUUUAGGUAUACACGUAAACCAAGAAGUCAUUGUUAUCGCUGUUGAGUAAUAAAAACACUGAAUUGAAGACCGGUA